AUGUCGAUUAUCGAAGAUGUGAUUGAAGGUGUGCGGGAACUCUUUGCAGAGGAGGGUUUAGAGGAACAGGUUCUGAAAGACUUGAAGCAGCUUUGGGAAACCAAGGUGAUGCAGUCUAAAGCAACAGAAGGCUUCUUCAGACACAGCCACCAUUCUCCACAGUUUACCCUACAGUUGCCGCACAAUUUUCACCGCGUUCUGCAGGCUUCAGCAGCAUCUUUAGUCAUCCCAGCUGGCAGGGGUUUUCAGCAUUUCACGGCGGCAGCAGACCUGGGCGCUUCACAAGUGGGUGCGACUCUCACUCUCCCUUCGGGUAUUGCUUAUCCUAUACAUGUACCAGCUGGAGUGACACUACAGACAGCAUCUGGGCACCUUUAUAAGGUAAAUGUGCCCGUUCUGGUUACACAGGCCUCAGGAGAUCCAAGUAUUCUACAUCAUCCUGUUCAGCAGAUAUUUCAGCCCCUUGGGGAACCUUCAAUUCUGCAAGCCAAUGUUUCCAGUGUUGCACAGGUGAAUGCAUCUUCUGCGCAGGCAGCUGCUGAAACAUUGCAGCCCCAGGAGACUGCUGUCCAACAGACCAUGGAAUUUCAACCAAAUGUUAUGGAAAAAAGCCAUCUGGAGAACUCUGCCGAUACUACAUUGGUCCAGCAGCCUUCUGUGAGUCAGCAGCAACUUGCAACUAAUGCAGUGUUGAAUCAGUGUGCAGACUCAACAGAAAAAUCCCAGCAUGGCGAUCUUCACACAGCUGUGCUUACUCCAGAAUCCUCUGAACGGUUUUCUCCUCCUGAAUCCUUGGCAAACAACUCGAGCAGUGUACUGCUGGAUAUGGAGGGGCAGUUAGACAUUGAGCCUCAGGAGUUGGAGCAACAGCAGGUGCCUGAUGAUAUCAUUGAGCUGAUUAUCAUGGACAAAGGUUUGGAUGAUAACACUGUUCUGAAAGAUCAAGACAGCGUUGCUUCCUCUGACAAGAUGGAACUUACUGAGCAGAUGGAAUCCAAUUUACGAUCAGAGAAGGAUAUCUGCAGUGACAUUGAAGGCAUAAUUCAGCUAGAUGGUACUGGUGACGUUUCUCCCAAGGAAGAAAUACCACAUAUAAAAGAUAGAGAAGAGAAUGAAUUCAUUGGCAUUAUUGAAUCAGAGGAUCUAAAAGUUCUGGAGGAUGAGGAAGACAAGGAUGAAGACUGUGACAGUAUUUCAAACACGGAGGCUAGCAGCAGUGGUGGUGAUAAUGAAGAGCCCCAAAUAGAUACAGUUGAGGAGGACCCCUUAAAUUCUGGUGAUGAUGUCAGUGAACAGGACAUUCCAGACUUGUUUGACACCGACAAUGUGAUAGUUUGUCAGUAUGACAAGAUUCAUCGAAGUAAGAACAAAUGGAAGUUCUACUUAAAAGAUGGAGUGAUGUCCUUUAAGGGUAAAGACCAUGUUUUUGCAAAAGCCAUUGGAGAUGCAGAGUGGUGA